CUGUCCACCCAAAUCCUCGGGAGAAGAAGCAAUGGGACCUUUGGGUUCUACAAUGCCCUCAAAAUCCUCGGUUACAAGCCAUACCACCAGGCCGAGGUAUUCGCGAAUGGCGCCCACCACGCCCGCAUGAUGGACGAUGCAGUCCAUGCAUGCAACUUUGGCAGAGGCAAGCCCUUCAACCGACAGGACUUUGACAAAUGGCUCGGAGACUACGACAGCAUCACCGACAUCCCCGCCUGGUUCCUCCGCGACCUGGUCGCGGCCUACCCAGACGCAAAGUUCGUCCUGAUCGAGCGGGACCCCGAGGCCUGGAGAAAGUCAAUAGCCAAGACAUUCCUACCAUUUGGCGAGUUCCUCGCAUCGCCUGCCAUGCGUCUCGUCAGCCUAGUAGACCCGUACACCUGCCAUAUCAGCAGACUUGGCGAAGGCUUUGGUCGGGUGCUGUACGGGGGAUACACGGGCCCUGAUAAGGACAAGGCUCUGAUGGAGGCCGUGAAAGUCUACAACAACCACAACAAAACCGCCAAGGAGCUCGUUCCUCCCGAGAAGCUUCUUGUGAUUAGACUCGAGGACGGCCUUGGAUGGGAGAAGAUCUGUCAAUUUCUCGGACACGAGGUCCCGGAUGUCCCCUACCCAAGAGUUAAUGAUGCGGAAGGGUUCCAGAAGUUGGUCAUGGAUGACUUUUUCAAGGCCUGGACUAAGACUGCGUUGAAGCUGGCAAGCUUGGUCGUUCCCCUCAUUGGAGCAUCGGUUUGGUACGCAAGACAAAGAUAA